UGCUGUGCCAAUGUGUGUGACCGUCCUCCCGUAUGUACAGCCUGUGCUCGCACCUUCUCACCUGUGCCUCUCCUUGUAGGUCGAUACUGGGCCGAAAUCUCAGAUACCAUAUUAUCAGGAAACUUCCGUCAGUGGAAAGAGGGGACAACGAAGAGCGAGAUCUUCUACCCCGGAGAUACCAUUAUACAUGAAAUGGGGGAGGCCACAGCCGUGCAGUGGAGCGCCGGCACCUGGAUGGUGGAGUACGGCCGGGGGUUCAUUCCUUCCACUUUGGGUUUUGCUCUGGCAGACACCUUCUUUAGCACCCAGGACUUCCUCACCUUCUACUAUACGGUCAGGGUGUACACCAAAGCGUUACUACUGGAAGCUAAUACCUACCUGUCGGAAAUGGGCCUCUUCUGACCGUGCCUCAAACUGGAGCCCAGGGGCCGCUCCAGAUGAUUAACCAUUGCCUGAUCCUUGUAUGAGGAAGGACCCACUCCGGUCACUUAGGUCUGGUCUCGUUUGGCCGCAGCGAUGGAUUGUGGGAGGGGCUGCAGAGCAAAAGCAAUAUCCAUCCAUCAUUGUGAAGAUAUGUAGUGGCCCCUGAGAACCUGCUGGGGGCGCCCUCCCAUUCCUGAAUGCCCCGUCCUGGAUAAUCCUGUCUAAUUAUCUAUAAUUCCUGGACCAUUUACUUUACUGUGAUGGGGGGGGAACAAGAUGGAAGCCAUGUGUGAUCUCCACCGCGGUCACCACACUUUAUCAUUGCCUUCUCGGUUUUUAUAACACAAAGACCUGUCACCUCCUAAAUUAUCGCAGAUUAUUUUUUAAUAAAAUCAUGAAGACCUGCUGUAUUUCUAUAGAAAGUCGCCUCCUACGUUUUUUAGGCAAAUAUGCAGUAAAUGCAGAAUUAAAAGAUUAAAAGUGAAA